CCUCUUUUUCUUGGGCGCUGCCACUGAAAAGAAGAGGGUGUAGGGCUCAGUUGUUUUUCUCCAGCUUCAACGAUAGUUUGCAGACUCUCUUCCCGUCUUGUGUGUAAACUGAUCCGUACAGGCUCUGUGUAUUUUCUUGGGAGAGAGAGAGGGGGAGGAGUGAGAGAAGAUACUCCAUCCCUAUUUUUCUUGGCUGCUGUACCGCGGGCGUUACAGUUCAACGUGCAGUUUCUUGCCAAGUCAUCAGGGCGGACUUAAACCAAAGGUGUGUUCGUCUUUGAAUCUGAAACGCAUCUGAAUUCAUUCUGUGUUUACGUUUUUUGGGCGUGAAGAAAAAUCUCGUCGUGGGGAAAGUGCCAAACUUCCAAACCGUGUCAUAUUUCCCGGGAUUUAGAGCGUCGUUGCUCGCUCGCUCCCUUCGGCAUCUCACAAUGUUUUCUCUCCCGGGGAAGAUCUGAACUUUUUACGGACGGUGACAACGUAGACAAUAGGACUUCGUUUGGGGUUUGGUUGUCAAAAGAGAGGAGACGAACCGAUUAGGACAGCGAGUUCGUGUUCAACUACCAAUUCCUGAGAGAUGGCGUGGCGGUGGGUCCUGGCUGCCAUCUUGGCGAUGUCGUCUCUCUCCCUCCUCGGCUCCGCCUACAACGAGUUCACCUCUGACACCCUCAUCAACAACGUAGUCCAGGACCCAAUCACCAGCCGGCUGUAUGUGGGCACGGUCAACGCCCUCUACCAACUGGACCAAUCCCUGCACCCCGAGGCACACACCAGAACAGGACCCGAAUUGGACAACCGCCAGUGUCCCCCGCCCGUGACUUCCUGCGAGGAAGCAGUGGAGACAGACAACCAUAACAAACUGCUCCUCAUCCAUCCAUCCAAAGACACCUUGAUAGUGUGUGGGAGUCUGUACAGAGGAAUCUGUUCUCUGAGGAACCUGUCUAAUGUAGAGCAGCUGCUGUACUUCAGCGAUAGUAACGGAGAGAAGUCGUACGUGGCCAGUGCUGAGGAGAGUGUGUCAGUAGUAGGGGUCAUGUCUUAUUACUUCAGCAAGGACAGGGAGAACUUCACCGUCUUCCUGGUGGCUAAGGGCUACGGCAGCCAUGACAGCACCAAGCUGAUCAGCACCCGUAUCCUCCAGGUCCAUCAAGACUGGGUGUUGUUCGACAGCAUCAUCGAGGCCUCGGCCGUCCAGUCCAACCCCUUCACACUGCGCUACCUCCAUGACUUCAGACACGUCUUCAAGGACGAGGGCUUUGUCUACUUCCUGUUCUCCAGAACCCUGGGUGCCCAGGAUUCAGGAACCAAGAACUUCACCUUUAUCUCCAGGAUGUGUGAGAACGACCACAACUACUACUCGUACACAGAGCUCCAGCUGAACUGCAGUGCGGGGAACAAGUACAACAAGGUCCAGGCAGCCUACGUGGCCCUCCCAGGAGAAGCCCUGGCCAGGAAUAUGAGCUCCUCUGGCCGGUACGGACCGGUUGGAGCCCAGGAUAAAGUUGUGUUUGUGGUGUUCAGCUCAGACGACGACAGCUCCAGCUCGGCAGUAUGUAUGUACCCACUGAGGGCCAUCAACCAGAGACUGGUGGAGAUCAUAGGAGCCUGCUACAGCACCAAGGGAAAAAUAAACAAGACGUCUGCCGUCUACUCCCCGUACUCCUCCAAGUCAGACGAGCUGUGUAAAAUUGAAAAUGAGAUGGGCAUGGUGACCAAUCAAAAGUGUGGUGCUGAGCUCCUGCCCUCCCCGCUGGCCAGCAGGGCAGAGUUCGCCCUGGCAACCGACCCCGUUUUCACCAAGAAGGGCCUGAUGACCGCUGUGGCCGUCGCUGUGGAAACGGAGCACGCCGUUGCCUUCCUGGGGACCACUUUAGGAGAGGUGUUGAAGCUGCACCUGUCGACCAGUCCAGAGGUGUACGGCCGCGCCCCUGGGGAGAACACCGGGGACAAGGUCAACAAGAACCUGCUGUUUGACACCAGCCUCACACACCUCUACAUCACCACAGAGAAGAAGAUCACCAAGGUGCCAGUGCAGGCGUGCCACCUGAAGACAGACUGCCAGUCCUGCGUGGCACAGAAAGACCCCUACUGUGGCUGGUGUGUGCUGCAGGGCAAGUGUACCAGGAAGGGAGACUGUCCCAGGGCUGAGGAUGACAACACGUGGCUGUGGAGCCCCAACCAGCAGUGUGUUCAGAUCCAGGCCUUUAACCCACCCAGCUUCAGCUGUAGGAAGACCAAGCAGGUUGAAAUCGACAUCCCUCCCUCCCCAAGAUCGGCCCUUCUGACAUUAUCGAGUGCAGAUUUGGUUCGGACACUAGUGAAGCUGAGGUGAUGGACCAGAAGGUCACCUGUGC